GACCUUCACUUCAUAGUCAGUCAUCACAAUUCUCUAGUUUCUCUUGCUCUCACCUCACCUCUCGCCAGUCUCCAUCCAAAGCUUCCAUGGCCAUGGCUGCUCCCAUUCACGCUUCUUCAAUUACCAAAAUUUCCUCCACCAAACAAAUCUAUCCUUUUACUUCACACUAUCGUCCUUCUUCACUCGUUCUUUCUCACACUCUGAGUAUCCGUUCAACGCUACGGCGGCCGAUGGUCGCCGCCGCGGCCACCACGGCCGUCGAAGCGGAGCCGCGUUCGAACUCCACGGCUCCCUCCAAAUCUUUGCCCUUCCGAGUCGGGCACGGCUUCGAUCUUCAUCGGUUGGAGCCCGGGUACCCUCUCAUCAUUGGCGGCAUUGAUAUUCCUCACGAUAGAGGCUGCGAGGCUCACUCGGAUGGUGAUGUGCUGCUUCAUUGCGUUGUUGAUGCGAUUUUGGGUGCUUUGGGGCUUCCUGAUAUCGGCCAGAUUUUCCCGGAUUCGGAUCCGAAAUGGAAGGGAGCUCCAUCCUCUGUUUUUAUCAAAGAAGCGGUUAGACUUAUGCAUGAAGCAGGCUAUGAGAUUGGAAAUUUAGAUGCCACUUUGAUUCUUCAAAGACCCAAACUAAGCCCGCACAAGGAGGCUAUCAGGUCGAACUUAUCACAACUGCUUGGGGCAGACCCUUCUGUGGUAAAUCUGAAAGCUAAAACUCAUGAGAAGGUUGACAGCCUUGGGGAAAAUCGGAGUAUUGCAGCUCACACUGUGGUUCUUCUUAUGAGGAAGUAGACAAUCCCAUUUAAAAAGUCUGAUAAUUGUACUUUAUAAGCAUAAUGUAUACAACUUGCGCACACUCAUAAUUCAGUCCCCUCACAGUUGGACACAAUAUUUGGUUGGAAUAGAACAUUCAUGGAGCUUGAUCUUGAAUUUA